CGUCCCCGCGCGCGCUACUACCAGAGCCAGAGAGAGAGAGAGAGCAGUAGUAGAAGAAAGCCUGUCGGCCAGCAUCUACCAGUGCAGCCGCAAUCGUAUCCCGCCGCGUUGUAUCUGCCGAAUAAGCUCGUCGUCGUUUUGAGCUUAAAAAAAAGGCAGCCGAGCACCGUGUGAUAAACAAAAAGGAUUCGUCGGGCGGCUCAACGCGAGUCGAACCGCGACCUCGUCCGCAGCACACCUUUUCCUCCUCUCUUUUUCUCUCUCUAUCUUUCUCUCUCUCACUCUCUCUCUCUCUCUCAUUCUCUCUCAUUCUCCGUCUUAUAUUCCCUCCCGACAUAAAGUGCAGUAAGUACCUAUAUAGGAUAUAGGCCGUGUGAGCGUUGCGUCCGGGUAGAAGAACUAUACGGACGACGCAAAAGAGGCUAGAAUCGCAGGGGGCCACCUGCGCUUACACCGCGUAUAGCCGAGUGGAGGAGCAUUAGCAGCGACGGAUUUUGACAGCAAAACUAGCAUCAAAGCCAAGAUGUUCUCGGGACUGACGAACCAGGUGUCCAACUGGAUGGGCAAGAAGGCCGAGGACGGAAGCGAGCUACCGGCCGAGGUUCCGCCCGCCGAUCCCGAGGCUGCCGACCAGGCAGCGGCUGGCAGCCCGACAAAAGGCAGCAGCAAGCUGGAGAUGCUGGCGGGCGUGAAGUCUCAGGUGGCCUCGUCGAUGAGCGGUUGGCUGAGCGGCGGCAUUCCCGGGCUGAAUCGCGGCGGAGCCGCCGCCCCCGAGGGUGACCCCAGCCUGCAACAGGCGGCGGACCCCACUGCAGCGGAACCGGCGACGCGGGAUCCCGCCGCGGCUAGCACAGAACACGUAAAAGACGAUGACGCAAGCAGGUGGGUCGCAGGCGCGACCGGCGGAGCCGACAGUGGACCGGCAAGUCUUGCCGGCACACCCACCGAAGACAAGGACGGACAGCAGGCCUUCGGCGCCGUGUCGACGAAGGCGCUCGCGGGCGCCAAGAGCCUGGGCGGCUUCCUGUACAGCGCAGUGAACAAAGCCGGCAAGUCCGUAGCCGAGGCCAGCGCUAAAAUCAAGAAGACCGUCGAGGAAAACGUGAACAAUCAGAUCCAGAUCGAGGAGGACGUGCGUCAGAGACUGAUAGCUGAUCUGAACAAGGAGCAGGAGGCGUUCAUCGCGGGUAAAUCUGGCGAGAAGGGCGAGGCGGUCGCGCCGUGGAUCGGCGCACCCAAUGAGGAUGCUCUGCGCGAGGAGUGCUUGGCCCUCUCAACCGAUCGACGUAACUUCGUGAGAGCACCACCGCCAGGAGUCGACUUCGCCUGGGACUUCGAGGCCGUUCAGCCGAUGGCACAAGCAACACUAGCCUUAGAUCCCAAUCUCGAGACCAUGAGGUUCGAACUGGUACCCAAAGUAAUAUCGGAGGAGAACUUCUGGCGCAACUACUUCUACCGGGUGUCCCUACUGCGUCAGAGCCACGAACUCAACGCUAUGGCCAACCAGUCGACGGAAAGCAAUCCCAGCCAGCUCGCAUCGAGCGACAGCGUAGACCACACCCAAGCUGGAGCCACAAAGUCCGAGCAAGAGGGAAGGAAGUCCGCCGCACCGACCACGAAGGACGAGUCCGAGUCAGAGGUGCAGCAGGUCAAGGAGGCCGUGAGCAAACUUACCGUCCAGAGCAAAGCCUAAAAGAAGAGGAGAAUUCGUUCCCCGUGUUACCAUUUACCCAGAGCACUAGCACACUCCCCCUUCUUAUAUCUUUCUGUUGAAGUAUUAUAACUAUUACGAAUAUAUCCCCGGAUUAGCGACAACAACAGAAAACAAGCUACAACUAAAGAAAUUAUGAAAUUAUGCACAUAUGCGAUAUAAGCAACUAAAAGAAAAGCUGAAUUUUGGCGAGAAAGUUUUACGAGAAUACAGAGCGCAGAGAUGUAGGAGGAGAACAGCGAAGAGAAAAAAAUAACACAUAAGCGGAAAGCGAGCGAGACGUGUAAACUCGAAUGAGGGAAUAUAACGAAGCUACAGCUAGAGAAAGAAAAAUUAUAUAAUAAGAAAGAACAGCCGACAGUGUCUCUUUAGCCGACCUCCGCACCAAGAACACGUCGUUUUUCUUUUCCGUUUUCUCACCCAUCGCUCAUCAUCUCGUUUUCAUGGCUCUUAAUCUCGAGAUAGCUCGUACGUCGAUGUCACGUGUGCACUCAUUUCUUCUGAUACUCGAAAGCAUACAUAGUAGAUACCGCGUUUCUCGGUGUCACUGGGCAAAAAUAAAACACGAGAGAGAAGCUUGCAAUCGAUCGCGGGCGUCGAACCGUUUUCAAGUCGGUCGAGUCGAAAGUUUAGAGAUUAAAAGAGAAAAAGUAUAAUAAAAAACGAUUAGUGAUUCUAUGUGACAAUGGAAGUAUCGAUUUUAUAUCGAUUUAGUUCAUCUUGUUGUAGCUUACCAGCAUUUUACAUACAUGUUUAUUCAGCAUUCCUAAAUUGUCGUAUAGGCAGUCGAAAUUCCAUGAAUAUUUACGUACUAUAUAGUUUCAAGUUGAGAACGACUAUUGCCUUGAGAGCAUUUAACGUGCAUUUUCAUCAAUAUUGUUUGUCGCGAUGCAUAAGUCAUUUAUAAAGGAUCUCCGUUCUUUAUCUAUAAUAUAUAUCUCUAUGAAACCAUGUUUUACAGUAUAAGAUAUAAUUGUAACGAUGAAAAAAAAAACAAGUAUAUAAAUAUAGGUUUAAUGUAAUUAGACGAGUAUAUAUACACUUGAAUAUUUUGUGUUGAAGAGAGAAAUGCCGCUGACGUUAUAUUGUAUCUGUAUAAAAAAAGAACACGUAAGAUUCCAUCGUCAUAUUAAGCUAUCACAAGGGGAAAAAAUCAUUAUAACUAGAUGAGAAAAUACGAAAAAGAGAGAUAGAGAGUGAGUUCAGAGAAAACAAUAAUCGUCCGGAAAAUCGUCGACUCGCGCUCAAAGUGUCAAGGAAUCAAUAACCUUGUGCUGCAACAUGUACAUACACGUAUCUUUCAAAGGGGCAAGCCAUUUAAAAAAAAAAUUGUACCUAACGUAUAUGAAAUUCACGCAUCCUUGUAUAGCACUGCCGAUUACAAAAGAGAAAGCGUUAAAAAAAAGAAGAGAAGCCGGAAGACGAGAGAGAGAGUGAGAGAGCGGAAGUGUAUAACGUGAAAGAGAUAAGCGACAAUGUUAUAGUUUUAAACUCGAUUCUUUCGCGCUGUGUACAUACAAACAAGAGUAUUUACGGACAAAAUAACGAAGAGGUCUUUAUUCUUCUCGCGAUUAUAUGAUUUUGCUCGAGCGCGAUUCUCUCGAUCCUCCGUACGAUUUUCGCAAAAAACGGUUUUCGAACCAAACCCACGUAACACGGACGCAUAGGAAAGUUGUGGCGGUGAAGUUUCAGAAGAUAAAUAAAUAAAACAUCGAUGCCGAUGAUAUGUUUCAACCGAUAUCUAACUAAUGUCUGUUUGUCUGUCUGUCGUCUGUCUGUCUUCGUCAUUUAUUAAAGAUAACGUAAAUAAAAGAAAAUUAUAUUUAAAAUGAUGAUACUUAAACAAACUAAUACCUCGUCGCUCUUUAAACAAAAAAAUUAUUCUCUUCGUGUUGUAAAAGUUAUAAAUUACAUCGCGAGAAUAGUCGAGCAUACAUCCGUAUGAUUUCGAUGAUAGGAAGCGAAAACCAAGAACCGGGACAAGCGAGUAUGAAACACGCAAAGUGACAGAAAAAAAGGGCAUAAGUAACUAACUAUAAAGAUAAAAAAGAUGUAAAAUUAAAAAUAUAAAAGUAAAAAGAUUAAACAUUACGUCUAAAGGGGAGUGAAGGAAAAAAAAUAUAAAAAUCUUACAUCUAAGUAUAUACCUAAGUACCUAUUAAAGAACUACAUAUAAUAAAGAAUAAAUUCGUUGAAUGACAAUACGUGUGUUAUACGGGAUAUAAACAUGCCAUUGUAAUACCGCAGGUCCUCCGACAAUGCGGUGAUUUUUUCUCAAUUCGACUAAAAAGAACUCGUAGAUAUUCACGCGCACGUACGAUGCAACAGCAAAACGACGAGAGAAAAAAGAAAGAAAAAAGUGGGACAUCGAUCCAAAAUUUUUCUUUCUUAUUUCUCUCUUCUUAUCGUCGCGCGGGAAAUUUUCAAAAUUCAACUAAGCAUAGGGGAUAAUAAAAAAACAAACGUGCGCGCCUGCGGUUUGUAACACAGCCUUUUUCUAUAAUUACGAGCGGACGAGGAUAAUAACGAAAGGGAAGGGAGUCGCUGCAAAGGAUAUUGCCGCUGAUGGAAAGGGAAUAAAGAAAAUUUCACCUAUUAUUGUGCACACACACACACACCAGCUUCUUUUUGUCAAAGUCGUUAUCUGCAGCCCCGUGAGGAUCAUGUUGACGUUAGACAGUUGUUGAUGACGAGUUGAUAUUGGAACGCGUAAGUAUAUUCGAUACGAUAUAAGAGAAGAAAAUGAAUUAGCUUUCGCGCGCGAACUUUUCUAUAGAUAUAUUUUGAUCGAACAGUCAAUUAUGAGUAUAAAGGAUCCUCUCUCACUGUUGGAUCUUAAAAACUGCGUGUUAUAUUACAUUGUCUUGAAUUAUUAUAUACGAAAAGUAUAAUAUACAGUUAGAAAAGAUGAGCAAAAAAAAACAGUCGUGUCUCACGCGUCGAUCGAUCGAUGAAAGCGCAAUUAAGCUUGAGUAUAGAUCGGAUUAUAUAUACGCGAGAGUUUGUUUUCGUUUUCGAACCUUCGUUAAUUUUUUUCCAAGGACACGGUGUAGCAAGGGUUGGCCGCGGGUAGAGCAUUUUUUCGCGAAAGGCGCAAUGAUGGAAAAUCGCUGGACAUAUAGAGUAAAAACUUUCCUUCGCAAUUUGUAUGCUUAAUCAGUGUGUAUCAAAGCUGUAUAUACGUAUACUCGAUGAGAAGGACAAAAAAAAACAAAGCUAUCUCCAUCAAAACUGCAUCUUCAUAUUAUUACAUCUCUCAUCAUUUGCCAUAUUCCUACGUUUUCUUUCAUUUCUGUUUUUCGUUCUUUGGUUUCCACUCCUCCGUCGCCCAUACAAUAUAUAACAAGACACCAACACGCUGACAUGACACAGUAUAAUAAUACUCACGAGAAAAGAGAUGAAUAUAUAUAUAUAUAUAUAUAUAUAUAAAUAAAUAAAUAAAUAUAUAUAUAUAUAUAUAUAUAUAUAUAUAUACAUGUUGUGUAUACAUACCGUUACUCUUAAACAUGCAUAGACUUAUGUGCUCACGCCUUGUGUACAUAUUUGCGUGCAUUGGACAAGAGAGUGAGUGAAAAGGAGCUCAAAGCAUAGUGCAAACAAAUAUAUAGUCGGUACACUGCAAUAUAAUGAAUAAUAUAUUAUAUACGAUAAAAAAAAGACAGUUUGUCAGCAAACGAUAAUACUGAUGAAAUUAAAUUAUCACCUCUAGCGUUAUUAUAUAUUAUAAUAAUAUUACGAGAGCUAUGCAUAGCAUAUAUUAUUAUGCCGUCGAGACGCAAGAUAAUAAAGAAAAAUUAAUAAUGCAUUGUGCAACUGCGUAUAAUAUAACAAGAUGUAUUUCGUUGGCGAAUAAGCUGCUUGUACUUACGCGCGCGACUUUUUUCAUUGUUAUAAAAUCAACACUUACACACGAAUUAACAAGCACCACCACAAACUCAGGCUGACUUACGGCUGAAUAUAUAACUCACGCAUAUGGUUGCACGAUCGGAUAUAUACCCUUCCCUGUUUAACGAAAACGAAAAAGGCUAUUCGAUCCUUGUUUAACUCUCGAUAACUCGCACCUCGUAAACCCCCCCCCCCCGAAUCGGUCCUCUCUCUCUCACAAGACGCGGUGUGUCUCUUCCCCGCAGAAGAAGAUUGGGAGCGUGAGCUGGAAGCCGAGCUGAAGGACUACGAGGUGGUACCGGGCCAGGCGAAGUCUGCCACAACCAAAGACGACUGGGACGACGGCCAGAUCGACGAGCUGCUCGAGGAGGACCUCAAGUGAACGGUGAAAGAGCGCGGAUUUAUUUUUUAAAAUUAUUAUUAUAUCAUUACGAUUAUUAUUAUUAUUAUUGAUGCUAUUAUCUCUGAUAUGUAUGUGUGUGUGUGUGUGUGUGUUGUGUGAUAUGUAAGAGAGCGAGCGAUUUGUCCUCCCUCCCCGAUGUGCGGGACGUAGAGGCGCGCAUUGUAAAUUUUUCUGUAUUCCGAGCGACGCGAGAGUGACUUCCUCCUGAAAUGUGUGUCAUUAUUAUAAUUCACGAGGAAUUUAGCGUCGUUGCGCUGGAUACGAAAGCAUUAUUACACUGUAAAUAUAGGGGAGGGGCGCAUAAUGCAUAAAAUGAUACAUUUUGUCAUCGAGCAGAGAUAUUAUAUACGUAGCCAGAUGCAUAUACAACGCAAUUAUGAGAAAACCGAUACACACGCAAUCGCACAAGUUUCAACGGGCCUUUUUCAUAAAAAAAAAAAACAAACAGAGAAAGAGGGAGAGUUAUAGUUCGCGAGGGAGAAAGCUGAGAGAGGAGCGGGAGAAACAAUAGAAAAAGCAAUGCGCGUAUAUAAAGUAUAUAUACUUUUGUGUGCAAUAACGAUAACCAAGAAAUAAACAAAGCCACUGUAGGACGCUCGCGCGCGCGUGAGAGACUUUUUUGCUAACGAUUAAUCAAGAGGGAGAGAUUCGACCGGGUGUGAGUGAACGAGUGCUUGGAGUUAUGCGAAGGUUCGUACUUUAUCGGUGCUUGCUUUCUCCGAUGGUGUGGACAGCACAGUGGUUAUCGGACAGCACAGUGGUUAUCGAGUGUACCACUGUUGUCUUCGCUAUCAAUGGAAUAAGCGGUGAUGAAGUACGAGAGACCAGUAGAUCGUGUCAGUGUGAGGUCAGACGCAAGCUUGUGCUCGUAUACAUUUCAGUUGUUAUACACUCGCGGAUUGUCAGUUGCUUUUCUGGUGUUAUCGAUACAAUAUAUAGACUUUGCGUUAUUAUCUUUACAGAAUAAUAGGGGAUGCUUAUACCUGUUGAGCUGCGACUCGGUGUUAUGGUUAUCUUUUCGACGGGCGCAUAUAUUAUUGUAGUCGUAUGAAUACGCGCUGGCUUGGUACAAAGAUCUAUUUUCAUUGCUGUGCAUCGAUAUUUUUACUACACUCCCUUGAUCAGAGGUGACGGUUUUUAAUUUGUUUCCAUGUUAACGACAACCUUUCCAUAUCCAGUGACAAAAUACCGCGAUGAGACUUAUUUCGACAUGUGGACUUCCUGAUUGUUUUUUAGUAUUGUUGUUUAACGGUAUUUUUACCUUUUUGCACUUUCGAAUCAAGUAUACAGUUGUGGAAAUCUCUCGAACAAGAGCGUGCCCGUCUCUUGAGAGAAAUUUUUAACCAAAGAGUUCUGCGCGAUUAUUUAAGAAAAUAAUUUAAAAAUAAAAACUAUUAUAUGCGCAGCCGUUGGAACGAGUAUAGGCUUUUCUUCCUUGUUAAGUGUCGUACACAUUGUUAUAAUUAUAUUGAUUAUUAUAUUACUACAUUAAAUUCGGUUACUGAAUGCUUGCAGCUGGUGAAAAAUAUUCUGCAGAGAGAAAAAAAUGGUGUGUGAAAACAAGAGAAAGGAGUAUAAGAAUGCAUUGAAAAUACCCUUAUAUCAACUUAACCGUCUUGUCAUCUUGGAAAACUUAAUAACUGCGUUUUAUCGCUGCUUUCGGCUAUUGUUUGUAUGAUCAUGUUUUUGUAUAGCUGAAAGAUAAGAGAGCGAGAGAAACCGAAGAAGCUUCUUUAGAACAGUUUUAACGAUUUGUAGGGUACUAAAAACAGGCGAUUUUUCAAUUGCGGUAAAAUGCAAAGAAGAAAUUCAGAAGUAUACGCGUUUUUUUUCAUUUUAUUCCAAGAGAAUAUCGGGCUUUUUGAAGUACAGUUUAUUUUAUGCGAAAUAAUUUAUACAUAACGAUAAGCAAAAGUAAUGAUUAUAGUUUGUAUAUGUCGUUUUUUUAAUUGUUUUUGAGUUCUGACGAAUAACAGCAAGAGCGCUACUCAAGGAGGAUGAAAAUACAAAGUUUUUGCGCGUAUUUGUCAAAGCGGAGAUACGACGAAAAAAAGAAAUGAGCAUUUGUACAUUAUAUUGUUGUCCGUUAGAAUGAUUAUGUACCCGUAAAGAUAAUGAAAAAUGAAAAAAAAAAUGAUACACACGUUUUAAUCGAUUUAAAGGCUCUUUAUAUGAAGAAAACUUUUUAUUCGAUUUAGUCAUCCACAUACAACUGCGCAGAUGAACGCAAUGUGUUGGAAGAUAAGAAAAAUGUCUACGCGAGAUAUAUAUACAUAUUAAAAGAAAUCUCAUAGAAACACUAAAAACUUUUUAGACCCUUUUAGACCAUAAAAGGCAAACCUAUAAAAAAUUCAUAAAAGCAUAAUGUGCAUCAUUUUGUAUUUUAAGGCGGGGAUGUCCUUCUUUCAGAGGUUCGUGUUUCUAUUAGAAUUUCUAUAUAAAAAGAAAACGACUUUCGCUUUCAUCAUUUUGACAAAGUUCAUGUGAUUGCGUACUGGAGAGAGGGAGAGAAAAAAAUAAAUAUAAAUAUAUAGCAGCAAAACAAAAGAUCAAACCUUGCGUCAUACUUUAUCGGGCCUAAUUUCCUCGGCUAACCUUUCACCAAGCGCGAUACAUUAUACGAAUGAUUUCCAAUUGUCGUGAAGAAAAACAAAAACAUUCCUGAUUGACAGGCGAUAAGAAUUAUUAGAAAGAGAAAGUAUCGGACAAAAAUAAUUAAAAAGAGCGACAGGACCGUAAAAGUUUUUUGCGUAAGCUGCGUUAAUAUCAAUUAAGAGCGAGCAACGUUUAAAUGGAAUGAGUGAUGAAUAAGGGAUUAAGGAAAAAUUAUAAUUCUAGAAUAAGUACAUAAGAUAAAAAAAACUAAUAAAAAUAAAAGACAGAUGCAAUGCAUUCACUCGCGUAAGAGAUACAUAAAAAGGGAGAAAAAUAAUGGUGAACAUUACACGAUACUUAUGUAUACAUAUAUUAUCAAAUAAAUAUAUAUAUAUAUGUUGUUGACUCCAUUGAAAGUAUGAUAAUUCAUAUACAUAUGUACCUAAUGAUGAAAAAAAAAGAAUUACAGUAUGUGCGAUAAGGCAGUUAUAAAUUUAAUGCAAAUAAGAGAUAAAGCGGAAAGGUAAGCUGGAUGUAGUUUGGAAAAAAACUAUAAGGAAUUAAAUAAGGUAAUUGCGAUAUUGUAAACAAUGCCAGGUCGUGUACCUUGUGAAAAAUAAAAUCGAAUACACCUAUGUAA